AAAUCAUUAUUUUAUGAGUUAUGGGUCGGGUCUCGGGCUCUCGGGUCGGAUCCCAUUAACUUGAUCUUGGAAAUUCUUGUUCUACACAGCACUGCGGCAACUUCUUCAACAGUUCAACCUAAGGCUCACAAAUCUUAGCUCCAAGCUCAGAUCGCGCUGUGCUUUUUGGAUCCCCAAGAGUAUCAAUGGCUGCAAUUUACAGCCUCUAUAUCAUCAACAAGUCGGGAGGUUUGAUCUUUCACAAGGACUAUGGUUCAGCGGGGCGCAUGGACACGAACGAUAGCUUGCGUUUGGCGAGCCUGUGGCACUCGAUGCACGCGAUCUCGCAGCAGCUAUCGCCGGUCGUCGGCUGCUCAGGCAUCGAACUCCUCGAAGCUGAUACGUUCGAUCUCCACUGCUUCCAGCCUCUUACUGGGACAAAGUUCUUUGCGGUCUCUGAGCCUGGAACACAGCACAUGGAGGGUCUCUUGAAACUUAUAUAUGAACUGUACACAGAUUAUGUUUUAAAGAACCCCUUCUAUGAAAUGGAGAUGCCAAUACGCUGCGAGCUAUUUGAUAUCAACCUUACCCAGGCAAUACAAAAGGAUCGUGUGGUGUUGUUAGGGCGGUGACUAAUCAGUUUGUUUCUUGAUCUGUUGUCUUAAUUUUUCAUUUUAAUUGUAGCUGUCAUGUGCUCCAGUUCAUAUAAGCUACUACUGUACUUUAAUGAUGAAUGUAAAAAUCCUACUUUUUUCAUUAAUAAUGACAAGUGAUAUGCUUACUUUUCCAA